AUGGUCAACAAACCUAACCAGUCCACCUGUCGCUUCUCCAAGCGAAUCUCGUUCCGAUGGCUCACAACACCGGCCGAGGAAACAACCGAUACAAUUGUGAUGUCCGUGAAGGACUGGUACGUUGAUCUGCGGAUCGAAACGGCAACAGGCAAAAUAGACUGGGCGAUUGCUGGGCAGAGGAUCGUGGAGGGUCAGGAGCCGUUGCGGGUGACUUUCUCCCAUGAGCUUGACUCUCACAAUGCGUUUGAAAUUGCUGAUUGUGGGAGCUUUUUCCCCUUGCCGAACGGUGAUGAUCUCGAGGUCGGGUCUAUGCCUCGUCAUGAUCUUCCUGGCGCACCCGACAAGGAAUAUGAGGAGGUAUGGCGGGAGUUGCCGUUCAGAGAGGGCCCAGAAGGACCUAAUAAAGGUAUUUCGUGGGUGCUGGAGUCGGAUGAUGGAGAUCUCGGCAGUGGAGAAGGAGAGGUGACUGUUAGCAAGACUUUUAUCGGUCGCAUCUGGGGCACGUAUUUGGCACUAAGCCAGACGCAGAUUCACUCGCGACAGAAGACUCCAUCUGGUGAUCUGGUUGUGAAGAAGUCUGGCGCUGAUGUUAGUGCCAGAAGGGAAGAAUGGGAAUCCGGGUGGAAUGAGAAGUAUUUGGUUGGCGAAGCUGCGGGCUCUUUGCCUUCGAUGGUGGUCGGAUUUGAUGGAGAGGGGGUGGGAUCUUGGAGAACACCGGGGGAGAAAGUAGAAGUUCAAGGAAAGACAUAUAUCGUUCGAGCUUUCGAGGAAAUCUAG